AUGGCAGACCACCAGCAGCAGCAGCAGCAGCAACCGUCGUUCGCAUGCACCAACUGCGGCACCGAGCGCGCCGUCGUCUUCUGCUCCGCCGACGGCGCGCGGCUCUGCCUCGAGUGCGACGGCGCCGUGCACCGCGUCAACCAUGUCGCGUCCCUCCACCCGCGCGCCCCGAUCUGCGACGCCUGCGGCGUCGCCCGCGCCGCGAUCCGCUGCCAGAUGGCCGGCAACCGGUCCGCGCUCUGCGGCGGCUGCGCCGAGCGCCUGGCCCCGCCGGACGGCGCCUCCGACGUGGAGGAGUACACCGGGUGCCCCUCGCCCGCCGAGAUGCUCCGCAUCCUCUCCGUCGAGGCCCCCUCGUCGCAGGAGGACUUCGACGCCUGGCUCGCUGAAAAGCUGCCCCAAAUCAUGCAGGAGGUUCAGGAUGAACCUCAGAUAGACGAUGCGAAUGGAACAACAACAAUAGUAGGAGAUCAAAGGGGUACCAGCAGCAGCAGCUUCGGCUGUGAUGAUUGGAACAAUGCCUGCUCAACUUCUGGGCUUGAGAAUACUAAUGGACAAUUUGUUGGUCAUCACUCAGCUGGACCUUCACUCAGUUUUGAGCAACAGCAGCAGCUGCCACCGUCGAUCUGCCACAUCCUCUCAUCAUCAUUCUCAUGUUAUAAUCCAUCCUCCUCGUGCCAGCCGGUCAUGACAUCGACUACUCUUCUGCAGUCCAUGGGAGGCAACGAUCACCAUCCAUCGCUGCUCCUCGAUGGCUUCCCUACAUUCUGCCCUUCCAUGCCCCUAAUGUCGCCGCCGCCACUACCGGAGAACGGCACCGGCUGUCAUGAUGCCAACCAGCCAUCGCAGAUGCUGGCAACGGAUGAGCAAGUUGCGGCUGCUCAUCACCAGCAAGAUCCAAGCACCAUUGCUAAGAAGCGAGAGGAAAGGGACAGGGCCAAGCAAAGGUACAACGAGAAGAAGAAGAACAGAAAGUUCUGCAAGCAGAUCAUGUAUGCCUCCCGCAAAGCGAGAGCGGACACACGGAAGCGGGUCAAGGGCAGAUUCGCAAAGGCUAGCAACGAACACCAACACAUACUACACUCAGAUGCAGGAUAA